UUCAGUUUUAUUUGAUUCAGUUUAAAAGUGAUGUGCGGAAUGAAUCGUUGAAACACCAGCAUAGAAAAGAAAAUCCUUAACAAAAAAAAAAGUCCAGUGCAGUGCUAUUGUAAUCAUUUUUGUGCGUUGGCUUAGUAUUUUUUUUUUAAUUCAUUUUAAAUUGAUUUUUUCGUUCAAUUUCUUAAACGUUAAACAACUUUGUUGCCUUGUCAUAACAAUACCAAAGAUUUAAAGUAAUUUUUGACAAAAUGAAUGUAAUAUUGAGGAAAAGUUUUCAAAUAUCGAAUGCUAUAAAAACAUCUUAUACAACAAAUAUUUGGAGAGCAGCCAGUAUUCAAUCACCACGACAACCUAUUACGCCACCUGAAAAACGUCUCAGUCUUGAACGCAAACAAGCCACAUUCUCUGAGAGGAGUCAGCUGAAAUAUGCCCGACGUUUGGUUGUGAAGCUGGGUAGUGCUGUUAUCACACGAGAAGACAAUCAUGGUCUUGCCCUUGGUCGUCUAGCUUCCAUUGUUGAGCAGGUGGCAGAAUGUCAUUUAGAAGGUCGUGAAGUGAUGAUGGUUACCAGUGGUGCAGUGGCAUUUGGUAAGCAAAAGCUGGCACAGGAAUUGCUAAUGUCAUUGUCGAUGAGGGAGACACUCUCGCCCAAGGAUCAUUCGAAAGCGGAAGACGGAUUUCUAUUGGAUCCAAGAGCAGCAGCUGCUGUAGGACAGUCUGGUCUGAUGUCGUUGUAUGAUGCCAUGUUUGCACAGUAUGGUGUUAAAAUAGCACAGGUUCUUGUUACGAAACCAGAUUUUUAUAACGAAGAGACACGUAGCAAUUUGUUUUGUACUCUAUCUGAAUUAAUUAGCCUUAACAUUGUACCAAUUAUAAAUACAAACGAUGCAGUCUCGCCACCAAUGUUCAUUGUAGAUGAUGAUCUUCCCGCGGGUUCUAAAAAGGGAAUUGCCAUAAAAGAUAACGAUAGUUUGUCUGCCAUGUUGGCUGCAGAAGUGCAAGCGGAUUUGCUCAUUUUAAUGUCGGAUGUCGAUGGUAUUUACAAUAAGCCACCGUGGGAAGAUGGCGCCAAAUUAAUGCACACGUACACAUCUAACGACAGUCGUCUCAUCGAGUUUGGCAAAAAAUCUAAGGUUGGUACUGGUGGUAUGGACUCAAAAGUUAAGGCUGCUACUUGGGCACUGGAUCGUGGUGUCAGUGUUGUUAUUUGUAAUGGCAUGCAAGAGAAGGCUAUUAAAACUAUAAUUGGCGGUAGAAAAGUUGGAACAUUCUUUACGGAGUCAACUGAGGGCUACACCACUCCUGUGGAAGAACUUGCGGAAAAUGCACGCAUUGGCAGCCGUCAGUUGCAAGCAUUGUCACCAGAGCAACGAGCCAGUGCUGUUAACACAUUGGCUGAUUUAUUAGUAAGCCGGGAAGAGUAUAUAUUGGAGGCCAACGCCAAGGAUCUAGCUGAAGCGCAACGAAAUGGUUUGGCCAAACCAUUGUUGUCACGUUUGUCCCUAAACGCAGGCAAAUUGAGAAAUUUGUCAGUUGGUUUAAAACAGAUUGCGGAUGCAAGUCAUAAAAAUGUUGGUCGUGUAUUAAGACGCACCCGUUUAGCACAAAACUUAGAUUUAACUCAAGUCACUGUUCCCAUUGGAGUGUUAUUGGUAAUUUUUGAGUCAAGACCAGAUUCAUUGCCACAGGUUGCAGCCCUAGCCAUGGCAUCGGCUAACGGUUUGCUCUUAAAAGGUGGCAAGGAAGCAGCUAACAGCAACAAGGCUCUUAUGGAAUUGGUGAAAGAAUCUCUAAAAACUGUAGGCGCUGAGAAGUCCGUAUCUUUGGUUUCGACACGCGAAGAAAUCAGUGAUUUGUUGUCAAUGGAAGAUCAUAUUGAUUUGAUUAUACCACGGGGUUCUUCUGAUUUGGUGCGCAACAUUCAAGAACAAUCAGUGCAUAUUCCGGUGUUGGGACACGCUGAGGGUGUAUGUCAUGUAUUCAUCGAUAAGGAUGCUGACAUACAAAAAGCCUUAAAAAUAGCCCGUGAUGCCAAAUGUGAUUAUCCUGCAGCUUGCAACGCCAUGGAAACUCUACUCAUUCAUGAGGAUUUAAUGAGCGGCGACAUUUUCAGCGAUGUGUGCAACAUGCUGAAACAUGAAGGGGUCAAGAUUUAUUCGGGACCAAAACUUAAUCAAAAACUUACCUUUGGUCCCCCAGCUGCCAAGAGCCUUAAGCACGAAUAUGGAGCAUUAGAGUGUUGCAUUGAAAUCGUUAAAGACCUGGACGAUGCCAUUAAUCAUAUACACACAUUUGGCAGUGGUCAUACGGAUGUUAUUGUUACAGAGAAUGAAUCCUCCGCUCAACACUUUUUAAAUUCGGUUGACAGUGCUUGUGUAUUCCAUAACGCCAGCUCACGUUUCGCUGAUGGCUUCCGUUUUGGUUUAGGUGCUGAAGUCGGUAUUUCAACUGCCCGCAUCCAUGCUAGAGGACCAGUUGGCGUAGAAGGACUGCUGACUACCAAAUGGAUUUUGAGAGGUGAAGAUCAUACAGCAGCUGAUUUUGGAGAGGGUGGUAAAAGUGUUUGGCUGCAUGAAACGAUGCCCAUUUGAGUGAUGACAAUUAAAUCUGUAACUUUUUGAACUUUUAUAUUAUAAUAACCUAAAUAUACGCAAAUAAAUUGAUUUUUUAUAAAAUAAA